AUGGCGGCGCCGAGGAAAGCUCCGUGGUCGUCCGUAUCUCCGGCGUGGGCGUCGACGCCGUCUAGGGUUCCGACAAGGUCGGCGUCGUCUAGGGUUCCGUCAAGGUCAGCACCGUCUAGGUCCCCGUCAAGCUUCGUCAAGCUCGGCGUCGACGAGGUGCGACGGGCGGAGGCGGCGGGGAGUGGAGCUUGUUUGGAUUGUAAACCAGAAGCUGUCCUUGGCAUCCCGGGCUUGAUUGCCGCUUUGGAAGCCCAUCCUGCACACGGGGGUAGGCGCGGACGUGAGGCUCGAGGGCUACUACCGCGUAUGGCCGGCCUUGUGGACAAGCAGCGGUAUGACUCAGGAAUUUUCCUUCUCAGUAUCUUAGCAACUACAAAGGUCUCGGAAUCGAGGGUUUCUCUAAUGUAUGUACCCCCACCCCCACCCCAGUUUCUCCAACGAAAACAGUUCCAUUCCAUUUUUCUGAUUCUUCGGAACAUAACAUAA